CAACGCAAAAGAUGGAAAUGACAAACACUGCAGUCGGAGGACCAACAAGCAAUGCCGGCUCUUCUGCACUCGCUAAACCCACCAACGGAACCUCACGCCCGUGGUUUUGCCAGAGAAAGGUGAUGAUCCCCUUGACGAUCGGGCUGUUCCUAAUUAUAGCCACCAUGGCCAGCGUGGCUGCAUCUAUGCAUUUGAGUUACGCAACUGCGAAAGACUCCCUGGCGCGGUACACGAAGCUUCCGCAACACAGAGCGUACAGACCAGCGCCAUCACUUUUUGUCAACGACACGGACCUGCGUCGGUGCGAGCAGAUCGUGACCUACAACGACACACAAACGGUGGCUUUUCAGUACUGCCGUCCCGAAGGACAGGAAAGGGGAACGUGCCACUGGUUCGUCAACAUAGUCAGGCUAGGCACCCUGCCGGACGGCGAAUGCGAUGUCUACACUUACGGUAAGUCAACAUCAAAGGGACGCUGA